UUAAAAAUGGAUACCUUGUGGAUAAGGGAACUUUCAUUCUUAUACAUUUUGUGUUUUUACAUAUCACUGAUAAAUACAUCAGAAUAUGUUACGACAAAACGUUAUUCAGAUGAAUAUACAGCAAACAUCUCAUGCGGGAAUGCUUCUCAUAUACAAAUUAAGAAGAUUGAUGUACAGGAAGAAGGAACAUCAUGUCGCAAAAGCACAUGUUAUUUAAAUUCCAUAGAUCAACAUUCUAUACAAGAUACCUGCCAUGGUGAAAAAUCCUGUUUAAUUGAUUUCAACUUUACAUCAACCUGUUUACGGGAGGAGUUUAGAUACAUGAACUUGUCAUACACAUGUAGACACGAAAAUGGGACCGGUAUAAGUACUUUUGAUGAGAAUUUUGGUGGAUGGAGAAAUCAAUCAUCAAAAAAUUAUAAAUGGCAACGUAGUAAAUUUAUCAUAGAUCAUACUAGAGUAACAGAGGGUCAACGAGGUUAUAGCAUUAUUGCUAUAUCCUAUAAUAAUACAGCUGGUACAGCACGCAUAAUAACAGAUAAUGAAUUCAUCAGACCAAUAUGUUUGUCACUUUGGUACCAAUAUCUUACCACUUGUGUGGAUAUGGAUUGCGUUUUCAAUAUAUAUCACACUUCUGACAGUAAAGAGACAAUACUUUUUAGUGAGAACGGAACUUCUAUAGAUCCCGGGAAAUGGUACAAUCUAUCUGUAGAUGUAAAUGGAAUAGGUCCAUUCAACAUAAUCUUAGAAGCAGCCUUUUACAAUAAUAAAAGUAAAACAGUAGAAGCUAUAUCGGUAGAUGAUACAUCGAUAGCUUAUAGGCCUUGCAAAGGAGAGCAAAUAGAUACUACCUGCCAGGAUAUAAGUAAACCAGUUAGAAUAAAAUGUGAAACACAGUUCCUUGUAGGUGACAUUAAAUUAUCACUAGAACCAGUAUACAAAACAGAUUGUCAAGAAGAAACUAUUGAAACUGACUUAAACUACGUUUGCAGAAAUAACUUUAAAAAAUCGGAACAAUGUUUUUACAGUGUGUUUGAACGCAGAAACAAAUCUGAAGACUGUUACGAGUGUAUGAAAAAUAUUUCUGUAAAGUAUUUGUGUGUCGGUAUAACAGAAGAAACAGAGAAAACACCUGUUGGGUCAUCUAACACAUAUGCUAUCAUUGGAUUAGCAGCUGGCGUUAGCGGAGGCGUACUACUAACAAUUAUAGCUAUCAUUGUUAUAUUACGUUUAAGAGGGUAAAAUAUUUUUUUCUUUUGAAUAUUUUUAUUUACAAU